UUCCUAUACACUCACGACGAUAACUUCUACCUCUCACGCCCGUCAGGCAGCUUUGAAUCCGAGCGCCUCUUGUAUUCAUUGAAACAAGCUCGAUGAUUGCAAAGCAGGGCUCAUGGCUGUCCAAAGGCCAAAUCUGACCGAUGCACCGGUGGCGCAUGCGUGUCCUGAUGAACAUCACGCCCGUGACCAAACUCGCACUCAGUCCCUUGAGAUUCGAGUGCUGGAGAUACUACAAGGUAGCGAGUAGCGAUGAUGACGCUCAUCGCUUCAACCCGGCGGCACCGAAUCGCGAUCCUACUAGUCCUACGUCAGCCAGUGUUUCGAAUGCUUUCGCGGCUCCCAAAAUGCACACCUGCCCAGGCUCCCCGCACCGGACGGGAAGUAUCGCGACUUCUCCCUCGAUGGCGCCUUUCAAUAACUGCGACCCGUUGUUCUAACCGGCAGCAUAACGACCGCAGACGCGCACAAUACGCCACCUCGCGGUAGCCACGACCGUCCAGCGUUGUCGCACCGCCAGCACGCGUAUCGCGGUCGACGAUGGGCGGCGGCGACAGUGCGCCUGUGGUCUGCGUUAUUCCGAGCGAUAAUAUA